AUGCUAUUAUUAUCAAUAACAUUGCUGCUCACAUUAGUGAGCCUUAUUUUUUAUUAUUGUUUCAUCCUACAACAACGAUAUCAAUAUUUUCAUCGCCGUGGUAUUCCUACACCACCUUUUCGCUUCUUCUUUGGACACAUGAAAACAUUAUGGAACGUUCCAUCUUUUCAUCGUCAACUCGAGAGUUGGACACAACAGUAUGGCAAAAUCUACGGAAUCUAUCAAGGUGCCACUCCCACAUUUGUUGUUAGUGAUCCUGAUUUCCUGCAAGAAGUAUUUGUCAAACAGUUUCUCAAUUUUCCUGCACGAAGAGAAAUUUUAGCCGGUAACAGAUUUAAAAACGUGUUUUCUUCAGCCGGUGCGACGUGGCGUCAACACCGCCAUGUGAUCAAUCCGACGUUUUCAGCAGCUAAAUUGAAGAUGAUGAGCCCACUGAUCAACGGAUGCAUUACAAAUGCAAUGGAAAAGUUAAGCAACCAUGCCGAGAGCGGAGAAGAUUUCAAUAUUUAUACAUAUUACAAACGAAUGACGAUGGAUGUCAUAUGUCGAUGUGCAUUUGGAAUCGAUACCGAUUUACAAAAUAAUCCAGACAAUAUUUAUUUCAAAAAAGUGGAAGAGAUCUUUGCUCGUAGUUUUCGCUUAAAUCCUGCAGUUAAGUUUUCACAACUUGUUCCCGAAAUGGCAUGUUUAGUUGGUAAACUCGUUUUUAUUCUUGCUGCUGUACGGGCAUUCGUUAAUAUCUAUAUCUUACCUUUGGUAACGAAAAACCAAAUAUAUGAAUUACCAAACACUUGGCUUUUCAAUCGAUUGAAUCCCAUCAUUGAACAAAGAGAACAAACACCAACUUCGCGAGUUGAUGUGUUACAACUUAUGCUACAAGUCAUGACUGAUCAGAAAAUUCAGGAUGACAAUUCACAAGAUACGAGCAAAGCUAACUAUCGUUUAACUCGAAAAGAAGUUAUAAGUAACAUUGUUACUUUCAUGGCAGCUGGAUAUGAAACAACAUCCACUGCAUUAGCUUACGCCACCUAUGAACUUGCCACUCAUCCCGAAGUACUCGAAAAGCUUCAAGCUGAAAUCGAUCAACUUCCACUGAGCAACGAUGAUGUAGACGAAGAAGCCAAACGAUAUCCUGACUACGACAUCGUUGCACAGAUGCCUUACAUGGACAUGUUUGUGUCAGAGGUGCUCAGAAUGCAUCCGAUUGCGAACGCUGCUGUGCAAAGAUGCGCUGCUACGGACACAACCGUCCAAGGAUAUUCCAUCGAGAAAGGCACUUUGAUACAUGCAGAUGUGUAUUCAGUUCAUUUUGAUCGUGAGCUGUGGGGUCCUGAAGAUCCAUACGAGUUCUAUCCUGAACGUCAUGAAACGAAGCGUCAUCCGAUGGCAUUUUUGCCAUUCGGAGCAGGUCCACGUCUAUGUAUUGGUAUGCGAUUUGCACUGAUUGAAAUGAAGAUUUUACUUGUACGAAUGUUGCGUGACUAUUCUAUUCAACCAAGUGACAAACUUGAAACGAAACUAAAUAUUCGGGAACGAACUGUUACCGCUCCUGAAGAAGUGUGGGUUAAACUAAUACCUAGAUAUGUUUCUUAA